CCCCUGAUUAAUGACCUGAAACUGUUGUACACUCAAGGACUCCAGGUCAGUGUAAAUGGUCAGAACAUCAUUUUGAAAUGCGCCCUUGCCACUAUUUCAGCUGACAACUUGUCUGCUCACAGCCUGGCAGGUUUCACCUGCUGCUUUAGCAGUGGACGGAUCUGUCGCUUUUGUAUGAUCAACUACAAAGACCUAAGGUCUCACGUUAAUGAAGAUGAUGUAAUAAUUCGAUCUUCUCAGGUACAUCAGUACCAUCUACAAGCACUCAGGGAAAGUACUGGAAUAUCCAAACAGACAUAUGGUGUGGUCAGUGAGUGCCCUUUCGCUGAGCUGGACUACUUUGAUGUGACAAAAAACUUUCCCCCUGACUUAAUGCACGAUUUUCUUGAGGGUGUGGUGCCUCUUGUGGUUACCAGAGUUAUCCAGGCAUUACAUUUUUUGCACAUUGUCUCAUUAAAUCAGAUAAAUGCUGAAUUGGAUGCAUUUAAGAUAGGGUUUAAGAUAGGGAGAAAUGAACGGGCUAACCUCCCUCAGAAACUUCCAGAUUCUGUCCUAAAGAAAAACACACUAUCAGGGUCUGCAGCUCAGGUCUGGUGCCUCUUCAGGAUUUUGCCAUUUCUCAUUGGACAUUACAUUCCAGAAGGUGAGGUGCACUGGGACAUUUACCUGAAGUGUAGGGAUAUAGGAGAUGUGAUUUUGUCACCCACCAUACAAAAGAAAAUCAUCCCUUUUCUAAGCCUUCAGAUAGGCGAUUUCCUGUCCUCCUUCCAGUCUGUGUUCCCAGAGACUUUCACUCCAAAACUACACUUUCUCAUUCAUUAUCCACAACUGAUAUUGAAGUUUGGGCCACUGAAACAGCUGUGGUGCAUGAGAUUCGAGGGAAAGCACCAAUACUUCAAGCGAUUAGCCCACAACACUUGUAACUUCAAGAAUCUCAGCUACACCCUUGCCAAGAGGCAUCAGUUAAGGCAGUGCUGGGAACUGACUUCGCUGGAUUCCCUGCGUCAGGACAACUACACGGAGGGUGAACGGGUAGUACCUUUCCGAGCAUUACCACUGGAGAUACAGAAAGGUGUGAUUGGAAGAAGUGAGGCAGAGGAUGUUCAGGGUGAUGAGAAGCUUGGUGUUUGUAGCUCUCUUAUGACCAACAACGUGAAAUACUGUGUCGGAGACAACUUAAUUAUAGAUCUUGUGGAGGAGGACAUCCCAAUCUUUAUGAAGAUUGUGAAGAUUUUGCGGUUCAGGGGUGCUUGGAUGAUCUUCGGCAAGCUGCGGAUACCAAUAACAUUUGAAAGACAUUACCAUGCUUUCAAAUUGGAGGACCAGAAGGAGUGGAUUCUUGUGCAGCCAGGGGAGGAGAAAGAAUUUCAUCCUCUUGACACAUAUGUGCAUGAUGAUACCAAGUAUAUUACAUUAUACCACAGAGUGCAGUAUUCUAGAGCAACAAAUUGAUGGAGAGACUCUGCUGGGUCUCACAGAAAGGAUGGUGGAAAGACUUUUUCCUGUAAUGAAACAUCAGGUGACAUUUAUGAAGGAGCUUAAUAAGUUAAAAAACCUGGAAACUGAAGUGCCUCAAAUAUCUUGUACUCGACAAGAACCCUGUGAGAAUGAGGGCUCAUUUGUUGCCCAACCUUGGCCAGCAGUAUACAACCUGCCUGUCUUUCCCCCUGAACUGCAAGCAGCUUUGCAGAGGAAGGAUCCCGGCUUUAAGAAGAAGGACAAGUCCCACAUCCGUGCAUUACUGAUUCAAGUGUUGUUUGACAGCAUCACUAAGCACACCUGGUACCCAAAUCAUAAAAUGUAUGGAGAUGUUCUGGGGAGUUUGAUCACCCGCUUUCCAUUUUUGAAGGAUGGCAGCUCCUCUGGUUAUGAUACCUUGUUGGAAUGCCUUAGAAACAAAUUUAAAAAAGAAAGGAUUCCCUUGGUUAGCUCAUCGAUCGUCCUGCAAAUGAAGGAGAAGUAUGGGAUUAAAAGGAAGUGUGCUGGACAAACAGAUUCGGAGGAACUUGGUCAACAACAAGAGAGUGCAAAAUGUAGAAGAGAACCAUUGGAUAUAUUGGCAUUUAAAGAUUCUGCUUGUUCGCAGGAGAUUGUGUUGGACCUGGAAGUAAUGGGUGAGGAUGAGACAAGUUUCCGGGAACACAUUAAUGCCAUCACCCUGGAGUUGCGUAAAAGCAAUCCCAGUUACUCUGAAGUCAAGAACCGGAUGAAGCGCACUCUUUUCAAAAGAGUACAGCUUAUGGACAGGCCUGCAGCUGAAGUAAUGGAGCAGUUUCCUUUUCUUGGAGUGCCACAGCUUAUGCUGCAUGAAAUGACAAUGAGGUUUGGAACAGACUUGGCGAAGAACUUGGAAACAUCUCUGAAUGAAAUGGCACCAAACAUCAUCAGGAGUGCAAAAGAAGGAAGUCAAAAAAAACUCUACGCCAAUCUCAUUGGACUAGCAGAGGAAACCACAGAAGGUCUCGUUAGGAAUGCUGCACUCAUUUUAUUGCCAGCACUAUUUAAAGAAAACGCCAGCUUCCUCUACUGUGUAGAUAGUGAACCCAAAGGUGCUACACCAACCAUAGUGUUUAACGGCUCUCCUGAUCCCCUCAAGGCUGAAAGCGUCAGCAUUAUAAUGGACAAUGUGAACAUCAUAAGAGAGGCAGACAUUGACAUGACACAGGCUGUGGAAUGCCUAUUUGCAGUCUAUUUUCUCUUCAAUGUGCAAUACCCGGUUGACAUUAAGCACACAAUGACUUUUAUUCAAAAAUAUAUGCUUAAACUUAGACAAGAGCACGGCAAAAGAACACCAAUACCUGUACUGAAAAUGUACAGUCAACUUGUGUAAAUUGUAGAGCUAUUUAAUAGUUGUUUUAAUUGUUCAUGUAUUGAUUUUUAUCUGCACUGUCAAAUAUCAAAAAUGAUUUAGUUUUUCCUCCUUUCAGAGAUAUAUGUAAAAGUGAAGUACUGUAUAUGUACAUAAACAAGCUUAUGUAUGUUUUUUGCAAAGUGAAAAUGCUUAAAUGAAAUAAGUCAAACUAAAUGGUUAAAUGUAAUUAAACAUCUUAAAUGUAAAAUGUGAAAUUUGCUGUCUAAUGCAGAGUAUACAGAGGUGCAAUUUUAAAUGACACUGAUAUUUUUGUAUAAUCAGUUGAA